GAGUCACAACUUUGACAGAUGACGUUUAUACUGUCAAAAAAUUUAACAAACGUCAACUCCCAGUUUUUUUCGCUUAAAUAUCUAAUUUAAGCUAAUUUCUCGUUAAAAUGGCAGAUCCAAAGUAUGCAGACUUACCAGGAAUCGCAUUGGAUGAACCUGAUGUUUACGAGACAACCGACCUGCCGGAAUCCGAGCAGACCGUCGAUUUUUACGAGGAAGAGAGCGAAGCAGUGGAGAGGAUUCACAUAGAAUCAGCCGAUGCUUUUAAUAAGUUUAAAGGCAAGUUUUUGAACGCUCAAAAUGUUGAUUUUUCCAACCGCAUCUCCAAAAACGCCAGAACUGGUUAUGAUGCCCGUUCGGGAAACUGGGAGUUGGUAGGUGAAGGUGCAAAAGAGAACCCGAUGCAGAAAUACCAGCGAUUGCAAUGCGAAAUGAAGGAACUACUUGAGGAGGUAAAUAAUUUGAAGAAGGACAAUAAAGAAGAUGACACAAAUGUUUUGGUUUCGUCGCAACAAGUCGAGAUGGCUUUGAAGAAGCUCGCCGACUUAAAAUUGGAGGAUGCUUUGGGAAGUGAGGUUAUGUCGAAAAUUGCUGACCCUCAAGGGACACAAUUACAGAAACUUUUAUCUCAACUGGAGCAAUUCAAGGCAAACAUUAAUAGCAAACCUGAAUCUCAAGCCGAAUCUGACGGUUCGGGUAUUGUUUACCAGUUCAAUUAUCGACCGGAACAGGCUAAAUUGGCGCAAACAACGCGGGUUGCCGAAAUGGAGAGCCGUUUAAAUCGCUUGGAAAACGUUUUAGGCACUACGAGCGAUAAACUGUCUAGGUUAAGCGCAGCCACAUCAAAAGGGUCCUUACUGGAAACUGCUCAGCAUUUAAGUGCUACAGCUAGUAUGUUAGAUUCGUCUCAGUUGGAUCAUAUUGAAGGACGUUUAUCGGCCUUAUCGCAAAAAUUGGACGCUAUUACAGAAAAAAAGAAAAUAUUGGAACAGGAUGAGGAAAAGGACAAAAUGAUUCUGGAACUCUACGAUUUAAUUAAAAACAGCGAAUCAGUUACACAACUUUUACCGGCCACAAUUGAACGUCUCAAAGCUUUAGAAGCGUUACACAGCAAAGCCACCGAUUUCAUCACAACUUUGUCUCAAAUUGAGAUGAUGCAAUCGGAGAUGUCUUCAAACGUUCAGAACAACAAAACUCUGCUACAGGGUGUUCAGGAAAGUUUUGCCGUGAAUUUGAAUGAGAUUAAUAUAACUGUGGCGACUUUAGAUGCAAGAAUUAAAGCCCUUAAAAAGAAGUAAUCCUUUUAGACAAUUUUUUUUAUUUUUAUUAAUUAAAUAAUAAUUUAUUAUGAUAGUAUGUAUACACUGUGUUUAUGCUAAAUGCAGCUCUAAAAUAUAUGCUUUUUAUUUA